AUGAAGUAUACAUUGCCGACAGACUUUAACAAUCAUAAAAUUAGAAAAAUAUUGAAGAAUGGAAAUAUUAUAACAAUUGCUGGAAAUGGAAAACGAGGACAUGGAGGUGAUUCUACUUUUGAUAUAUCAAAAAAUCCUCAUAUUGGUGGAUUUAAAUAUCCACAAAAACUUGAAAUCAAGUUAAAAAAACAUUCAAGAGAUUUACUAUUCAAAACCUCAAUUUAUGCAUUCAUUCCUCUCAUUGAAAUAUUAUCACCAUUAUUUUCUAAAUUGAUUUUAAAGAACGAGCCACUAAUUUCAUCUCUGAAUUCAACUCAACAGCAAAUUAUUCAAAACCUAAUUGACUCGCAACUUUAUAAUGAGAUUAAAUUGAAAUUUAAUGAUGACGAAAUUUUGAAUGUAUUAUUCAUUUUAGGAUUAUUCCAGAAUAAUGAAUUUAUAGAAUUGAAAAAGUUGUGUGUAUUCCAAUUUAUUCAAUCUCUGACCAUUCAAAAUCUUUCCAAGAAAUGGGAAGAAAUUGAACUUUAUUUAUCUCAAUGCACAAAUGAAUUGCACUUAAAAAAUUAUAUUCUUGAAUAUUUGCAUAAUUACUGUGUUGAAUUUGCUGCCAUUCAAACGAAAACCGAAGAAGGUUCGAAAUAUUUACCAACUCUUCCAAUCAUGACUAGAUAUUGUGUUAAUAUUUUCUCUAAAAUUGUAUUAUCUCAACCAAAUCCAAUAAUUUUAAAUGAAAUAAUUGAAAUAGAACCUUUGAAAAUUAAUCAAUUAUACAAUGAUAAGAAAACAAGUGAUUUAAAAAUUCAAAUGGAUGAAAAUAAUUACUUGUACUGCCACAAAACGAUUUUAAGCUCAACAAGUUCAUUAUUUAACGCUAUGUUUGACUGUGGAUCAACAUUUGCUGAUCUCAAUAAAUCUGAAAAGAUUAUUAGCCUCCUAGAUAUGGCAAUGAAAUAUGAAGUUAAAUAUUUAGUAAUAUAUUGCAAGAAUAACUUUAGAAUUACAAUUGAUAAUUAUUUUGACAUUGUUUCAAUAUGUGAAAAUUAUAUUGAUUUGGAAUUUUUUGAAAGUUUUUUCAAAGAGUUGUUAAAAUUUGGAAUUCAAAAUAGAAAAAAACUCUUUUAUGAUAGCGAGACAGUAUCAAGAUUGCCUCCAAAACUUUGCCAGGCAAUGGUGAUUUAG